AUGGAAAACCUUCGCUUUCUUGACUUCUCUGAGCUCUCCGAGACAGUGUCGGAGGUUAGUGAGGACGACUCAAUCUUUGAUUCUGAUGUAGAGACCAGCGAUGAUGAGAAGUUUGCGGGCAUUCCACUAUGGCAAACAGCCUUCAACAUCGCAAAGACCAUCAUUGGGGAAGGGCUUCUAAGCUUGCCGGCUGGCUUAGCUGCGGGUACCGGCAUCUAUUCUGGAGUUGUCAUUGCCUUGGCCUUCUAUGUUGUGAUGACCUACACUUUCUGGACCCUGGGUCGUCUUUGUGAGACGACCGGCGAGAAAACGCACCGUGGCAUGGGGGACAAAGUCACCGAAGGGGUGUUCUUUGGGAACUUCAUGGCAGUGGCCAACUUAGCCCAGACCCUUUCCUGCUGCGUCGCAUAUGCGCUGGUAAUCGGACGGAAUGCGGAGGAUGUCUUAGCUCCUUUUGUUUCAAACUCCUGGCUCAGCUCAAGGCGUGGCAGCUGGGUUACCAUCCUCAUUUUCGUCUUACUACCUCUCUGCUUGCUUCGGGAUCUCUCGAAACUUGCCUGGGCCAGCCUGUUGGGUCUACUUUGCGAGGUUGGGGUGGUUUCUUUCAUGAUCUGGCGCUUUCUGGACGGAUCCUAUUCGCCGGGUGGACGCUUCUAUGAAAGCCAAACACCUGGCUUGCAAGUAGCUUGGGAUGAAACCGGGGAUCCAGAGAUGUGGAGCUUGAGCCCAUCUACACUGACCCUGGUCUGCAGCAUGUCCUCGGCUUUCCUGGCCCACUACAACGCCCCCAAGUUCUACUAUCAACUGAGAGACCGGGGCUCCAGACGCUUCCUGCUCGCGACGACCGCCAGCUUUACGCUGGCCCUUGUACUCUUUCUUGCAUGCAUGACUGUAGGAUACCUGACCUUCGGGCAGCAUUGCUCGGGCAACAUUCUGCACAAUUACUCCGACCUGGAUCCAGCAGCAACCGCCUCCAGAUUCGGGAUGCUCAUUGCCGUCACCUGCGGCUUUCCCUUGGCUUUCACCGGCCUCCGCGACUCUGUGCUCUCGCUUUGCGCCUGCUCCUCGCGGCGCCGCGUCUGGCUCCCGCUGAGCGUCGCCCUUUUGAUUCUGAUCGGAGCCCUUGGGUGGUCCCUGGACGACCUGGGUGUUCUCAACGCGCUGGGGGGUGCGCUGCUGGGAUCAGCCAGUACCCUGAUUUUUCCAGGCUUGUUGCUGAUCUGGGCAGCGCGCUUUGUGCUCCAGCAGCCACGCGUGGUGUGGGACGUGGAGGUGAAGCUUGUCGGCCGAGUCCUUGUUGCGAUGGGUGGUCUCCUGAUGGUUUUCGGAACAGUUGUUGUUGUCAAGAACCGGUUUUUCUGCGUGCAUCUGGGCUUUGACGAUUUUAACUCAGAUAAUGAGUUUUGCCGUCUGCGGACGCAGUCCCGGACCUUUCUCUCCUUCGCGGGCGUCUGGGAAGCUUGGAAUGGCCCGCCCUUGCAGGGACCCGAAGGUGAGGAAGUGAUGCAGUUGAUUCAAGCUUUUGAUGCCUCGGAUGCCUACUGUGAGCUGCUUCUGCGGACUGGUUGCAUAACUCGGAAAUGCGACGUCUGCUCCGAGAUCAGGCAGCAAGACAUUUUGGAUGCUGCGGCGCAGAAGAUUAUGAGGUUGAGCCACCUGCAGGGUAGCAGGCAGCCAUUGGCUGUGUUUGUACUUGGAGCAACUGGUGCCGGAAAGACCAGCUUUAUAAAGUAUAGGCUUGAAGAAGAGCUGCCGCCAAAUCACGUGGGCUUUGUCCGAUCGGCAGUCCAUGUCAAUGCGGAUGACCUGCGUUCCGAACUGGUCGGUGGCUACGCGAUCUAUUCUGCACUGGUGAACCAGAAGGCUGACUUUCCGCCGGGUCUGGUAGGCGACGCAAGUUUUCUUCGUGCAAAGAUCCAGAACAAGGUCCUGGAGUCUGCAGUCGAUUUCUUGGGCGACAGCCUUACAGUGCCAGCAUUCGUAACACAAGAGUUUCUGGACAAGAACUUCGAUGUGAGGAUUUUCCACGUAGAGAUCGAAGGGAGCUCAGACGAGGCAAAGGCAGAGACCGCAAGAGAAGGAAUCGAACAACGGAUCGCUUCAGGAGGUCACUUUGCGCCUCCCACUGCCGCGAAAGUGCAAAAAAGUCGGGACGCCGCACUCCAGUUGAAGGAAGACGGAUUCAACGUGAAGUUCUUCAUCCGAAGUGGAUCGGAGUUUACCCCGAAAGACGACGAAGGGCUUUCUGAGGAGCUUGCAUUGGGAGUUGUAGGUGGCUGGACAGCCUACACUGAACCGGAGGAGUUGGUCGCCGUCAUUGCAGCCUUCUUAGACUACCAAAAGAACUUCGAUGCAGAUUUGCAGGUGCGGCUUGGCCCGCCAAUCAUUGAGAUCCCUGGAGGCGUCCAUGAAAAUGCGUCCAUUCAGCUGCGCAUCGGAACCACGCAUUUGCAACCGGAUAUCGGGCUUGCCUCGGCGCUGGACAUGAUGUUAGGUCUCGAUGGAGCACUACCAGUCGUUGGGCUGGUUGGGGCGCAGCUAUCCUCUGUGAGCAUGCCCAUUGCUACGCUGGGAGGCGUGAGGGGAGUCCCCCAGGUGUCCAUGUCCUCCACGAACCAGGACUUGUCCAAUAAGGACUCCUUCCCUUACUUCUUACGUACCAUUCCGCCAGACAGCAUUCAGGCUGCUGCUUUGUGGACAUGGGUCUUACACUUCGACAUCGCACUGGCGACCUGCCUCUACUCGGCAGAAGUCUAUGGGCAAGGUCUGUUCACCGAGAUCCAGGAGCUGGCACGAAGCAGUGGCCAACCCGACCGCGUGCAGGGCAAAGGUCUGCGGCACAUGCCAUCGGAAUUUGCCACUGAAGAAGCUCGGGCUGUUCUCAAAGAGGUCAAGAAGAUGGGCUCUCGUUUCCUGAUCAUAACUAUGGAUGGGGCCAUGAUUCCUGGCAUGUUCUCCCUCUUGCAUGAAGAGGGAAUUUUCGGGCCAGGGUGGCAGGCUGUCGGCUCUGACAAUUUCUAUGCGUACCAGGUGCACCAGGACUUCCACCUUCCAGUUGGCUUCAUGAUAUGCAUGGCUGAAACCAAAGGUCCCAAGUUUCCGGAACUUCUCCAGAUGUGGUCCCGUCUCGGUCCAGAGGACAUCGUAGGAGCAGAGGCAGUGCAACGACAUGCUCUAGAUCAAAUGAGAAGGCCACUUGACAGGGAAGACGUGGUGAGGCUGGUGUCUAAUGAAAGUCCUGGAAUACCCAGCGGGUGGUCUGCACUGGCUUUCGAUGCCGUGUACACCUUCCUUGUUGCCAUCAACCAGCUACUGCACAAAGGGGUGCCCCGCAGUGAGAUCCGUGGGGAAGUGCUGUUGCAAGAGUUGCGCAGAACAAGCUUCACAGGCAUCUCGGGAUCUGUGAGUUUCAACGAGAAUGGUGAUCGACUGGGAGCCUAUGAGCUGCUGAACGUUCAGGGUGAGGCUGCUGAAUCUGUCAGGGUGGCCGUGUUCAGCGCUUCUACGUCGGAGUUCUUUUUCGAGAAGUUCCCUACGUGGAUGGACGGCUCCAUGGGGGCUGCACCCCCGGACCAUCUGUACUCUUGCGACCCUGGGUUCUACAAGGAGGAGCAGUCCAAGCAGUGUAAGGCGUGCCCCAAGGGCAUGAAGUGCCAGGGGGGUUUCAAUGCUACAUCGACAGCCUGUCCCAGAGGUACUUUUGCCAGAGACACAGGCCAAUCUGCUUGUGUUCCAUGCGCCGAAGGAUUCUUUGCCCCGGACACAGGUCUGUCGGAAUGCAGCCCCUGCCUCCCUGGUUACGAGGCACCGGAUCAGGGCAUGGAGGCUUGCAGUAGGUGUGAGAUCGGCUGGUACUCUGCCUUUUCUGGGCAAGGGCGCUGCUCCCCGUGCGGACGGGGUCAGAUCACCCGGGAAAGUGGGGCAGUGAAUGAGUCCGAGUGCCUCUGUGGGCAAGGCUCCUUCAUGUGCUCCGAGACUCAGAGCUGUGAAAGCUGCUUUGAGGGCCUCUUCUGCCAAGAGGGUCUGGGUCCCCCAGUACAGCUUGCCGGCUUCUGGACCAAGGACUCUUCUGCGAGCUGCGAGUUUUCUGUUCUUCGCUGUCGCAACGCGAGGGAGUGUCCCCAAGCUACACUGGGCACUUGCGCCGACGGAAGAGAGGGGAUCGCUUGCAAUAACUGUAAAGCAAGACAUUAUCCGAGGGAGAACGGUACCUGCCUGCCCUGUGGCGAGACUGACGCCUUACCAGGAGUCAUAGCCUUCGUUGCAAUUCCGAUAGCCUUGCUGCUCGUGAACAUGCUGAAAGUCGAGCCGAGCCAAGUCAGUUUCAACUUGCUGACCGCAGCGGCAGUGUCGAGCCAGCUGCUCGUGGCGAUUCAAACCCUCGGCUCCAUCCAACAGCUGUCCAUUGAGUGGCAGCAGCCUGUCCUUCAACUCUUGGAAUUGACGAAGCUUCUAACGUUUGACCUGGAUUUCAUCCGUAUCACUUGCAUCUACGGAACGGAUAGCCCCGUGCUGAAGUUUGCAAGCCGACUGCUUGCUUGUCCUUUGGCUUGUGGCUGCCUUCUUUUCAGCUGGUGCUUGUCAAAGAUGCUGGGACGGCCGAAACCCUUGGACACAGUGCUGAACCUUUGUGGGCUGCUGAUCUUCGCCUUCUACUUGUCGAUCGCCCUCACAACUUUGGUUCCCUUUCAAUGUGCUCCAAAUCCAGAUCAAACUGCCUCGAUGGUCUCUGAUCCAGGCAUUGCCUGUUACAGCUCCGACGAGCACGCAGCUCUUGUUGCUUUGGCGGUGUGUGGACUCGUCAGCCAGCCUCUUGCAUUUUUGGCCGUGGCGACCUAUGCAACCAUCAUGUACCCGUGGCGGGUCGGCAGCGGCCGGGGGCUUCGCUCGAUGAACCGAUAUCGCUUCUUGUUCCACCGGUUCAAACCGGAGAGGUACAAAUACGGCCUCUUUCUCCUUUACCGAAACAGUAUUGUGGCCCUCUUACCUGUCGCUGUGGAUGUGCCAGAGAUUCAGGUGCCGGUCAUGGGCACGAUCCUCCUUGUCAGCCUAGCGCUGCAAUCUCGGACCUUUCCCUGGCGCACGGAACAGGCGAACCACGUGGACCUGGCAUUGACUGGGCUCUUGAUUAUUGUGCUACUGGGUGCUGCGCCCCUCCUGAAGCUCGACGAAACUGAGUCUACUCUUUCGCUGGGCAUUUUCUUAUGCAUACCCGUGGUGAUGAUCCUCGUGGUAGCAUUGCUGGCCUUGCUGCGAGCCAUCGUAAAUCAUUUUCGGAAGCGGUGUCUCUACGGCAUUUUUCUAUGCCACCACAAGGGUGGCGCUGGGAGCCUCUGUCGGUUGAUGAAGCUCUUGAUUGCACGACACAGCCCAACAAGGGUCUUCUUGGAUUGUGACCAGCUGGAAAACUUAGACUACCUCUUUGACAUCGUGCGAACCGAAACAAAGAGCGUGGUGGUCGUCCUGACGGGAAAGCUCCUUUCACGAUCUUGGUGCGCCGGUGAAAUCACUACAGCAUGGAAGAACAAUAUCACGACGGUGCCGUUGCAAUGUGACGGUUUCAAACUACUGGACGAGGAGGCAUUAAAGCUCAUUCCGACAUGGUGGACACCGCAGCAGAAGCAGGUCCUCGCAAACUACGGGGUUGCACUGGGCGAUGUCAUGUCUGCGUACGUUUGGUUGCAGCAUAACCUGCCGCAUCUGCAGAUGCCUCGCUCUGGACCGGUCUGGCCGCGUGAGGAGGUGGUGCGGGAAAUGCUUGGUCUUUGCGGAGUCCUCUCUAUCGGAAGAAGGACAGCAUAUAUGUUGCAAGCAUCUUCGCGCAGCAGUCUCGCACAAGCCAGGGCAAGGAUUCUCAUUAUGAGCUCCGUCAGCGAUCCCGAGUGUUUGUCCUCCUGUGAGGUGCUGCAGCUCAUGCUACAGGCCCAUCUCCGGGUGGAGUGUGCUGUGGUCCAUGGCCGCCGUCAAAUGUCAAGCUGGAAGCCUUUUGCCUACUACCUGGUCGUCGUCCUCUUCCGGGGCAUUCUGAAUGAUUAUGCCUUCCGCCGGACUUUGACGCAGGCCUUGGCACCAUCCAAACGGUCUUUGGAGGUCUUGACGCUCAUUGCUGACCCACAGUUCGAGUUUCCAAACCUGGCAGAACUGGAAGAGGAAGAAGACGAGGUCUACGAUGCGGCCACUGGCAGCGAUCGAACUGCCACGGACAGCGAGCAAGCUGCAUUUCGCCAGCAGCAAAUUCAGGCCUUGCGGAGCCUCGUCACCGUUCUGGCCCUACCAUUCUCGCCCCUAGCAUCAGAAGGUUUGCAGCAAAAACAAGUUGCUGAGAUUGCUGGACGGAUGCACCGCUACAAG